AUUCCAGUUCUCGUUCAGUUCCAUUCAGCAUUGGUUGUAACCGUCGCAAUGACAAUCUGGUGGCUGACCUUGCUGGGCCUUUGUCUCAAUCUGAAUCUCGGCUCGGCGUUGCAGGUGCCGCAGCACAAUUGCGAGACGUAUUUCUCCUACUACAGGGAGAGUGAUGGAGCCUUCAUAGGCGUCUUUACCGCACCACGCGCUGGUGUGAACAGCCUAUCAUGGGAGGUGGUCUUCACAGCCCACGGAACUGACCAGGCCAGCACUGUGAGCUCCCUCAAGCCGUAUCCCGACAAGGAAAGGGCUUUUGCAAAGAUACGCAGCGGAGAACGUGGCGAGGUGUUUGUGCGCUUCCAGGAUUUCGGAAACGAGCUGCCCAAACUUGUACGGGCGGAAUUCAACGACCAGGUUCUGUGCCAAAAUGAUGAAUAUGAAGCCCCUUCGAGCACAAUGACCCGACGCCAGUCCAUGUCCACCACAACGAGAAUUACUGAAGUGCCAAAAGUAUUGGUGGUCCAGUCUCGUCCGUUGUCCCAGUCGCCUCCGGUGCUUCAGUCUCAUCCGGUGCCGAACAUACCGAACAGUUUCUCCAAUCCAUUCUUUUCCCAAAACAUUCCCAAGAUAGAGUCCGACUAUGAGGAGUGCGGCGUGGAGGGCUUUGCGCCUCUUCAAAUUGGAGGGGACCUAGUGACCCGCGGUCAGUAUCCCUGGCUAGCGGCCCUUUACGAAGGUGGAUCCUCGGCUAUAUACAAAUGUGUGGUCACGGUCAUCUCGAAGCGGACUGUGAUCACUGCAGCUCACUGCAUUUAUGGAAAGAGUGCCAGCCAACUGUGGGUCUAUCUGGGCAGGCAUGAUCGCAACGAGAAUCCCGAGAAUGGAGCCUCCCUGGUCAGCGUAAGCAAUGUGCUGACUCCGUCCGGCUACGAGGGCAGUCCAGUUCCGGAUGCGGACGUGGGCCUGCUGGUGCUGACCUAUGCGAUGGUGUACACCAAGUACAUUCGACCCCUCUGCCUAUGGGGCUCCAAUAUGGGCGUGCCACCAAAUGAGGGCGAUACUGGAGCAGUGGCCGGAUGGGGCUUCGAUAGGAGUGUCCAGAAGACGCGCUUUCCCAAGACAGUGAGUGUUCAAUUGGUGCCACGGGAUCAGUGUCUCAAGGAGAUGAAGCGGGCGGAGGACUUCAUCACGCGGCGCACCGUCUGUGCUGGCAAUUCAGAAUCACAUGGUCCUUGCUUCGGGGACUCGGGAGCUGCUCUGAUCGUCCUGCGGAACAAUCGAUGGCACGUUCGGGGAGUGGUUUCCUUAUCGCCUCGCCAGGGAGAUAUUUGCGACCUUAGCAAGUAUGUUAUCUAUUGCGAUGUUGCAAAGCACAUCGACUGGGUACGUCAAAAUAUGGUCAUGUGAGGCGCUGAAAUAACUAUAGUGUGACAAUACCGGAAAACCUAGAAAUUCAUGUGCAAGAUUCUCAAUAAAUCUCUGAGUAGUAUAAAAGAUUACCUUUUCCAAGCCCGUGGAUUUCCCAAGCAUGCAUUGCCAUCAAUCUUAGAAUAUACUUAACUUAGCUCUAAGAUCACCCCUUGCCUUAAGACUAUGACUUAGAGUACAGAUGCUUAUAAUCAUUGAUUACUAAUUUUCCAAAGAGCGAGAUUUGUGCCUUCGAAUUCUAUUAGAUCAAGUGAGAGCUCAUCAGAGAGUAACAACAACUAUAAACAAAUUAAGCUUUGUGGCACAUCUCUUGAUAAUAAUACUUUAGACUCAAGAGCUAGAAAAUCGGGUGUGAGCAACAGCAGGUUUUCUAACUCAGUAACUGAUAUGUCUCCUUAUCAGUAAAGAGAAAGAUCAUUUUUCUUUUUUUCUACCUUUAAAUUUAUUAAUUAUAAGUCUAACCCCAUCAAUAUUGAAAGCGGCAAUUCGAUCAAUGAUCGUUAGCUUUCAAUACAAUUAAUCUCUUUGAAUUGAAUACAUUGUUUUGUUUAUACAAAA